GGGACCCUCCUCGAGCCCAGGCUCAAGCUUUCCUCUCCACAAAUCUCUAGUUCUGCAUCAGCUGAAAGGAAGAUCCAUGUCCGCCCCGUCGGUUCGCCGGAUCAAGGAUCGCGGCGGCGCCGGAGCCAAGAUCGCGGCUCCCAGACCAGGUAAGCCUCUGACUCCGCUCUCCAACGCCAGAUCAGUCCUCGGGAAGGAGAAUUCCAGCUCCAAGCCGAACCCCAAGGUUCCGCUCACGUCGGCGCAGAAGCCCGCGCUGCGUGUCGUGCCGCGGGUGUCGAGCGACGGGGCCCGGUGGCCAUCCGUGCCUAGGGGGCGAAGCCCCAGCCCUUUGGGCGGGAGGGUUGGCUCGGAUGGGAAGAAAGACAGGUUAUUGCCUAGGGUUUCGCUGGAGGGGCGGGAGGCGGAGAAGAAGGAGAAGAGAGGGAUUAGGGAGGUGGGUGUGGGGUUGAAAUCGAGGGACGAGAGUGGUGGUCGUGGGUCUAAGGUUUUUAGGGAUUUGAAGGAUAAGGUGAAGAAGGGCGGGACUUGUGAGCAAUCAUCAAUUGUGAAAGUAGGAGUAAGGGGCAAAAAUGUACAUAAAAUGAAUGGAGAAGCGUGUGUUGAUUCUGAAAGUUCGGCCAAGUCGAGUAAGGUAGAUACUCAAUUAGAUUUGAAGGGUCGUGCUGAAGAGGUUAGUGUUGAUUUAAGAGGUCAGCCUUUGCAUGAACUAUCGAUGGAUAAGAAAUCAGAAGAGGGAACAAAUGCUAAAUUGGCAUACUCAUCUGAUGUUACCAGUGAAAUGAUUGGAAAUGCGAGUGAGAAAUGUUUGAGCAGUUCAGGGGUUUCAGAGAAACCAAAGGAGAAGGGGUUGAGCUCUGAAGCUGUUAAUAGUCAAGUGGGUAACAAACAUCCGAGUAGGCUACAUGAAAAGCUUGCCUUUUUAGAAGGUAAGGUUAAGAGGAUCGCUUCAGAUAUUAAGAGGACUAAGGAGAUACUGGAUUUGAAUAAUCCAGAUGAGUCCAAAGUUAUACUUUCGGAUAUCCAGGAAAAGAUUUCAGGGAUUGAAAAGGCGAUUGGUCAUGCCAUAGGUGAUUCUGACGGUAAGAUGGCUGCUGUAAAGAACACUGCAAUUGCUGUCCUUGAGAGUGACAAACCGGUCAGCAAUAUUCAGGUUGAGAAAAAGAGUAGCUCGAAAUGUGCAGUUAAAGUUUUGAAUAGUGAGGAAUUAGAAGCUCGACUCUUUCCUCAUCACAAGCUGCUCAGAAGUCGAACCUCCGUGGAGGCAUCAGUAGCAAGCAUACAGUCAUCAAGUAAAGCAGGAGCGCAUGAGAAGAAUAUUUCUGAGGCUAAUUCUAUGUCAAAGGUAGAAGAGAAGUUGAACCCUGAUGACAACCCAAUAGCUUUGGAGUUUUUGGCUUCAUUAGAUGAGAAGCAAUCUAAGAUCUCCGUCAGGGAUCAGAAGUCUGGCAUGGAGAUCUGUGCGGUUCAAGAAAUGGAUGAUGUUGCAACUUCAGCAGUAGAAGAGAAAUCUGUUGACAGGAAGGCUGAGCCAGAGAUGAUUCUUACAACUGAUGAAAAGCUUGAUGAAUUUGAUGAUCAGGAGAACAUUCAGGAGCUUAUAAUUGGAGACGAGAAUGAAGACACUUAUGCUUAUCAACUGCAUGAGAUAGGUAGCAAGACCUCCACUGGAGGUUGGUUUGUGUCAGAGGGAGAGGCAGUUCUCCUUGCUCACGAUGAUGGCUCAUGUUCCUACUAUGACAUUGCCAAUUCGGAGGAGAAAGCUGUAUAUAAGCCCUCCUUGGCAAUCUCACCUAACAUAUGGAGGGAUUGUUGGAUUAUGCGUGCUCCCGGUGCAGAUGGGUGUUCAGGGAGGUACGUUGUUGCAGCCUCUGCUGGAAAUACCAUGGAUGCGGGGUUUUGCUCCUGGGAUUUCUACACCAAAGAUGUUCGAGCUUGCCAUAUUGAGGAAGGUGGUGCUGUGAUUUCUUCAAGAACAGUACUUGGCCCUUUACCUAGUAACACUUCAUAUAGAAGAAGUGCUCUGUCUAGUAUUAUGGUCCCAGAAAAUCGACAAUGGUGGUAUAAGCCAUGUGGACCUCUAAUUAUCUCAGCAGCCACCUGCCAGAAGGGUGUCCGAGUCUAUGAUAUACGGGACGGGGAGCAAAUUAUGAAAUGGGAGGUGCAGAAGCCUGUGUUAGCAAUGGACUAUUCGAGUCCUUUGCAAUGGAGAAACAGAGGCAAAGUUGUUAUAGCUGAAGCUGAGACAAUUUCUCUUUGGGAUGUGAAUUCUCUUAACCCGCAACCAUUACUUUCCGUGCCUUCCUCCGGACGAAAAAUAUCAGCCCUUCACAUUAACAACACUGAUGCUGAAAUUGGUGGAGGGGUUCGACAAAGAGUCAGUUCAUCGGAAGCCGAAGGCAAUGAUGGCAUAUUCUGCAGUGCCGAUUCAAUCAAUAUCAUGGACUUCCGCCAUCCAUCUGGCGUGGGACUCAAGAUACAAAAGCUCGGGAUCAGCGUGCAGUCAGUCUUCUUUCGUGGUGAUUCGAUUUUUCUGGGCUGCACAAGCCUUAAAUCGGUAGGAAAGAAAGUGAGUUGCACACAGGUGCAACAGUUCUCCUUGCGCAAACAAGGCCUAUUCAGCACUUAUGCUUUGCCUGAGUCAAACUUACACUCCGAUCACGUCGCAAUAACUCAAGUUUGGGGCAACUCGAACCUGGUCAUGGGGGCGAGCGGGCAAGGACUGUUUGUGUUUGAUGCUGUGAGGGAUGAAGCUUUGCAGUCUCUUGGGUGUGGAAGCACACAAAAUGUUAGAGAAGUCAUCGGUCCGGAUGACUUGUACUCGCCUUCUUUCGACCAUCUGUCCUCGCGUGCUCUCCUCAUAUCAAGAGAUCGCCCAGCAUUGUGGAGGCACUUGUCUUAGACAUGACAAGCAGUUGUUGCCUAGGUGGUCUGGUUUCGGAAAGAACUGCAUGGGGGAUCUCAUCUUUUUCCUUGUUCUUGCCAAUAGAGGUGAAGGGCUUUGUUAUUAUCAUGAUCUGCCCUUAUGGUGCCCCUCAUUUUCUGCUUCUGGAUGUGAAGGUCCUUAAUGACUUAAUGUAAUGUUCUUAUUUAUCAUAAUAGGAACCUAUCCUGCA